AUGUCAGGACAGCGAGUAAUAAGCGAAUCUACUGGACUGUACAGGCUGUCAAUUGUUAAUAAACAAAAAAAUACCGCAAAUGAAGUUGAUAGCGCUAACCAGGAACCACUUCAUACCGAGAUGCCCAAGAAAGGAUUGCCGCUACAAUCUCCAAUUCGAUCAACUGCAAAUAAAGAAAACUCAGCUCAAUCAGAUUUGAAGCAAGAUCUCGAUAAUCCGAAUAGCUUUUCUGACAAGCUAUUAUAUGAUCUUGCGACGAAAAGAAGGCAAGUCGUUGAACUCAAGGAACAACUAUCAAAGGCAGAACGAGAGCUCGAUACUCUAGAACACAAAUUCGAAGCAAGAGGCGAAUCCGGGAAUGCUCUCCUGUCUCCGGAAAAAUUCCAAAUGCUAACUUCUAGAUUGCAACAAAAGAUAGAAGAUGUGAACAGCAAUCCCCGGGUCAUCAAAAGUAAACAAAGCAUCAGCAAUUUCUUUCAACCGAGAAGGGUCUCUACUGAGCCAUCUGCGAACACUCCUGAGAGCAAGCCUUCACGAUUGCAAUUUACCAGUAACAAGGUUCAGAAUCAAAGGCAACAACAGUCGCAAGCGCCGUUCCUAGAUAAACUAAGAAGCAAAUGGCAGGAAUUUGCAGUCAAUGAGCAGGAUGAGGACAAAUUUGAUAGUGAGAGGCCCGUUGAGGAGUACUACAUCAAGAGCAAGCUGGACUACGAUGAUGAAGAAGAGAUCCCCACGGAAACAGAGUCCGAUGCCGAAUCCAAGUUAAGUGACAUGGGAGGCCAACCUGUGAUAUCUACGUUCAAAAGGAAUUCCGAAGCAAGUUAG